GGCGGAUCAGUUAUAGUCAUUGCGUAAUCAUCUCGAAGCGGUUGCUCAACCUAGCAAUUUCAUUACCUCAUUUCUCGGGUGUGCUAUCGGCGAAAUUUUGCGUGAAGGUUGAGGGCCAAUUUCAUCGGAGAUGAAGCUGCUUCGUGUUUGUGUUAUUGGCGCUGGAGGCGCUGGUCUGGCAAUUGCUCGUCAUCUUACAAGUCAGGUGGAUAUUUUCAACGUGUCUGUGUUCGAGCAAGCUUCUUCUUUGGGAGGAACGUGGGUCUUCAAUGAAGACACUGGUACAGACGAACGCGGUCUUCCCAUUUACUCUAGUAUGUACAGAAACCUCAGGACUAAUCUCCCAAAAGAAGUAAUGGCCUUUCCUGAUUUUCCUUUUCCCUCAGAAUGGAGAUCUUUCAUUAGUCAUCAACAAGUUCUCAAAUACCUUGAAGACUAUGCCAGUCAUUUCAAUUUAUACAAAUAUAUAAGUUUUGACUCUACCAUUACCAGUGUGCAUCCAAUCACAAAUGAAGACAGUCACAAUCCUCAGUGGGAAGUUGUCAUAACAAAUGCAAAUACUAAAGAAUCCAAGAGUUGCAUAUUUGAAGCUGUGGUGGUGUGUUCUGGGCAUUUUUUUGAUCCUCUUAUACCAAGUAUUCCUGGGCUGGAGUAUUUUGGUGGACUGGUGAUGCACAGUCAUGAUUAUCGUGAUCCUCAUCCCUUCCAAGGAAAACAUGUUGUUGUUCUUGGUGCCUCAUCUUCUGGUCAAGACAUCUCCCUGGAAAUUGCUAAGAUGGCAGAAAGAGUGUAUCUUAGUCAUAAAGGACAUCUUUCUUGUAAACUUCCAGACAAUGUGGAGGAAUGCAGACCAAUGUCAUGUGUAUCAUCCGAUGGGGUGGUUCAUUUUGAUGAUGGAGAACAGAAAGAGGUGGAUGUUAUUUUAUUCUGUACUGGUUACAACUUCUCAUUCCCGUUCCUUCAGAGUGACUGUGGGGUUGAAGUGAGUGAUAACAGGGUCACACCUCUGUACAAACACGUUUUCAGUACAAAAUAUCGUACGUUGUCAUUUGUUGGGCUCUGCCUGAGGAUUUGCCCAUUUCCAGUGUUCAGCUUUCAGGCUCAAUUCAUUGCAGCUGUUUUGAGUGGAAAGGCUAAAUUGCCAUCUGAAGAGGAAAUGAAUGCUGAAGAAGAACAGGAGUUCAAAGAAAAACUUGCCUCCGGUUUGAGGAAGAAAUAUGCUCACUUUCUGGGUGAGAAACAGUGGGACUAUAUGAGAUGCCUUGCACAGCUUGCUGGGGUGCAGCCCCCAAGUGAAGCUUGUGAGAAUCUUUAUAAGUUUAUUUCUAAAAGGAGAAAAGAGUUCUUAAUGGAUUAUAAUGAUGAAUAUGAGUUCACUUCUAAUGGAAAAUGGAAAAAGAAAAUAGAUAUGUAAACAGUAGUGAUAAACAUACAUGUACACCAAUACUGCAAAGCUUGUAGUAAGGAGGGGGGUGGGGUCAGGGGGCUUGUUACUUUCCAGGGCUUCUUGACAGGGUAUUACAAAGUAGAGUCAGUAAAUCUUCAUAGAGAGAGUAUUUAUCUUUCCUCUGAAUGAUAGCUCAGAUUAAUAAUUUAUGUUUGCAAUAUGCAUUUCUUUGACUGAAACCUUUCAUGCUUGCAAGCACAAAGAUAUUUUUUGUUACCUGGCCCAAAAUUUGUUACAAUGAAAUUAUUUUUCACGGUUUUUGAUUAAAGAGAAGGAAAGGGU